AUGUUUGGAAACAACUGGCAGACUCAAGAGGACUAUCAGAACUCUCAACCUCCCGUGGAAUCAGUGUGCCUUUUGGGCUGCGAGUCGUGGCCCGAUCUCAGUCCCACCUCAGAUCGCUACGCACUGCGAAUCUUCACGCCUUUACUGAAACAAGCACUUCCACUCUCAAGCGCACUUCGAGCUGACAGCAGUACGGUGGAUGGCGGAGGCAUGGGAGACGGUGAUUCGAUGUCUCUGACUACGCGUCUGAAACGUCGCGCCUCACUUCUCUCCCUCACUUCGCUUGGUGGUCUUAAUGCGGUGUGUGGACGUGCAGUGUCACGAGCUAGUGGGCUUCUCAAUGAACUCAUUCUCCGUCUGCCCGAUGAGGCACACUACGUGGAGUGGGCUGCAGCUGUUCGUCUUGCUGGCAGUCUGUCUAUCGGUUGUUCCGGCGCCGCCACACCUGAGACUGUGCGUCGACUGUAUGAGGCGGAGAAGCGCGCCACCACAAGUCUGCUACAAUUACUGACUCCACUACCAAUGAAGAUUACCUCAUUAAGGACGGAUGGCAAAAAUGCGGUCGGGGCAACAGAAAGGCUCUGGCUACUACAAAACAUCUCAGUCAUUUUGCCAUAUCGACUAGCCGGAGAGCAGGCUGAAGGAGGAGGAGGAGGAGGUGGUGGUGGUGGUGGUGGCACGGCACAGGCCAAAUCAUCAGAAAUAAAUGCUGCAACUACUGGUGCUCUGCCGCCUGCGAAAGAAGAGGUUAGCAUAAAACUCUAUUCACUUCAUAAAAUUUCAUUUAAUUUGUCUGAAAAAAGAGGGCUAAGGAGACUUACGACACCUUGUUCAUCAAGGCAUAAAACUUCAGGAGAGAAGUUUUAUUCAUCUGCUAAGUCAUUUGUGAUCAUCGCCAAAGUGCUGCCUUCCGCCAAGGCCACGUCUCGUUGGCCUCAAGAGCACUCAUUUAUGUGCGGAGAUUCCUAA